UAUAUAUAGAAUAUACUAUGUGUCAUGCCUUGGGUUGAGUGAUGGAGACACAAUAGUGAACAAAAUGUUGAUGUAGCUUGCAAUCUAGUCAUGGAUAAGACAGGUAUUAACCAACUAGUCCCACUAAAGUAUAUAUACUGACAAAGUGAGGAAAGUGCUCUGAGAGAAAGGAAUUCAAUUCUCUUUAACCUUGUCUCUCAUGAAUCCUUGACUGGCCCAGGCUUCUUAACCCUGGCUGCCACCAGAAUCACUUGCAGAAUGUUUUAGAAAUGUGGCCGUUGGGACCCCACUCAGAAGAUUCUGACUCGGGCUAGGGUAUAGUCCAGGCAAAUGAGAUAAGUACAAUCAAAGAGCACCUCACCUCUGUUACAAAGUUUUUGUUUAUGCUUUUUAAAAACUAGUCAGAGGGACAUGAUCAGACUUGCAAUUUGAAAAGAUCAUUCUGAUUACAAAGUAGAUGACAGACUGAGAAGGACCAAGUGAAUGUGGAGAAGCCAGUCGGUGAGUUAUUGUGCGGUGUGACAGGAUAGUUGCUGGGAUGAAGAUAGUGGCAGAGGUUGGAAAGGGUAGAUUCUGGAGAUAGAAAACAAAUAGGACUAACUUUGGAUUAGAUAAAGGAAGGAAUUUAAAAAAAAAGAACCAUUUAGGGAUGCUUCCAUAUUUUUGGCUGUGCAGCCAGGUGGAUGUUCCUACUUCUUGAGAGGGGACCAUUGGGGGAGGAGCAGUUUUAGGGUGUGAGGAACCAUGAGUUGGUUAUGGAGGUGCUGAAUUUGAGGUCCUUUUGAGAAAUUCAAAAGGAGUUAUGGUAGGAAUGAGGAACCAUGGGUAAGUAUGUCUGGAGCUUAGAUGGGAUGUCUUGACUAGAUGGAUGAUAACCCAAGGUGAGGAUGAGCUUGCCCAGGAGGAAAGUAGAGAGUGAAAAUAGGGGAGGACUUAGAGCUAACCUCGUGGGCUGAUGUAGAGGAGGGUGGGCCUGUGAAGGAGAUGGGAAAGGAGCAGAGAUGAUACUUUAUGAUUAAAAACAUCCCUCAGUGACAUACCCAUAGAGGGCAAGUUGAUAAGGCAUACUAUUUUUUAAUAAAAUGGAAUAAUAUCACAAACAUUGAAAUUAAAAGGCAAGUGACAUAACACAGGCUAAUGGUCACUAAGUGAAGAACACACAUCAAUGCGAUGCAGCUCUUGGUAAGUGCUACAUACACAUCCAUGCACAGAUCUGACAGUGCAGUCAUGAAAUUUCUUAAAUGAUGAUUGUCACAUAAUAAGAACUAAAGAAAUGUGUUUAGUGUUUUUCUUAUACUAAAAAAUUAAGAAGAAAAAUACCCCCAAAUUUCUCUGUGUUUAAGUGUGUGUGAAGGAUCUGGUAAUAUCUGGCAAAGCUGAGUUUAGAAAAUGCUCUUUGUAGGCAUCUUAGACCUAACUUUCUUAAUGCAUAGCUCAGCAAAUGACACCACCGUCCUCCAGUCACCAGGGCCUGCUUCUUGACUCCUCUCUCUGUCAAACACUUACCAAGCGUGUCCCUAACCUCCCAUCUUUACAUCUUUUGGCUCCCAGGGCUCAGGCCCUCAUUGUCUGUUACCAGAAUGGUUGCAAAAACCCCUUCCCAUCUUCUUUCCAUCACUCUGUGGAUGGUUUGACAGACCCUCUAGCCAUCUCCGAGGCCAUGAGGGUCAAGUACAAAGUCUGCAGCACAACCUCUCAAGCCCUUGGUGGCCUGGCUCUUCCUCUAUAGGUGCCGCCUCUCUCUCUGUUCUUUAACGGUGCCCCAGGCUGGCGCAGGGUUCUUCCCCAGGCUGCACAUCACAAGCAUUUGUGGCACUUAUUGAAGCCCCGCCCAUGGAGAUGCUCCAUGGCUGAUCCUGAGCCAUAGUUAGAGGUGAAAACCACUAGUCUGGUCUUCCUGGACUACCCUCAGUUUCCUCAGUGGGCCACAUCCUCUCAUACCCUCCAUUCUCUUUGCCUGGAUGACCUUCCUCUACAUCUUUACCUGGCUCGCUCAUAUCAGCCUGCUGAGAUGUCUCCUCCAGGCAGCUCUCCCUGGUUCUUCCUGCACCUGUCUUCCUGGUCUUGGUCAGUGGUCUUUCCCUUGUGCUACCUUGUAUACUUACCUCCAUCCUUGGAUUUAUCACACUCUCUAUUUACCUGUCACUUUCUGACUCGACACUAACAGUCCCUGGGGACAGAACUUUUAAUCCUAAGACUUCUGCCCAGCACACAGGAAAUGCUCAAGUAUUCGUUUUUUUUUUUUUCUUUUGUCCAGUGAUACUUCCAAAGGCUCAAUUAUUUGUUGAAAGAAUGGAUGAAGGACUCCAUUUCUCUUUUCUUUGUGCUGUUUCAAGACCUUGUGACUUAACGUCAAGAAUAAUUUCUCCUUGUUUGUACAUUCACCCUGGCCAUUCUCUGUGACCCCUUCCUAACAUUUUCACCAUCAUUCCUAAUUUAUAGUAUCAACUGAGAUUGUCCUGGGCAUUAAUGCAUUUUGUAAUCAAAAGAGCAAGGGCUUCAGAGUUGGGCAAUCCUGAGUUCAUGUCUUGACUUUGCUAUUUACCAUUUUGGGGACUUGGGCAAAUUACUUAACUUUCAAGAACCUCAGUAUCCUCAUCUGUAAUAUGGAUAUGAUAAUACUUCACAGUGUUAUUGUCAAGCCCCAAUAAUAUAGUAUUAAUGAAGUGCCUGGUCCACAGUAGAUGUUUAUUAAGUGUGGUUUCCCUUCUUUUGGGAGGUCCCAUGGCAUAAUAGAAAAAGCUAAAUACUUUGGUUGCAGAGCCCAGUUCUGCUGCUCACUGGCUGUGUGUUGUUGGUCAUCUCAUGAUUCUCAGAAACCUCCUUUGGAAAAUGGGCAUAAUUUUAUGAUUGUCCUUAUUGAGUUGUUAGAAAAAUUAUGUCAAAUUUAUAUAAGUGUCCAGCUAGUGCUCAAUAAAAUGUUAGUUGUCAUUUUGAGACAUCAUAAUAUACUACAGUGUUUUUCCUGCUUGCCAUGAUCUACGAGCAUUGUUUAUUAUCCCUGAUGUUGUCCCUAGUGUUAUUAUUAAAGGUCAAACUGAUUUUGGCUACACUGAAAUUUUCUAUUUCACAUCCUGAAAAAAAUCCUGCGUCAUUUAUACAUGUAUCAUUUAUAUGGAAGCUCCCUUUUAGUCAAUUUUCUUUACAAACUGGCCUUCAAAAACCUGUGUUUAUAUUCCAAGCACAUGUUUCCCUGUGUAACAUGAGCAUUGUUCACCUCAGGAGCUCCCUGAAGAGCUGGAAUUUAGAGGGAAUCUCUCAGACACAAACCAGCUCCUUCCUGCCUCCGCUGGGCAGCCUUUUCAGACCGUCUCUGCCCAGAAUGUCAGGAGAGGCCACAGCCUUGGCCUACCAUGCUCCGAAAGAACAAGAAGGACUUACAAUUGUGAAGGUUGAAGAAGAGAAUUAUGUUUGGGGGCAGGACUUUGGCCUUCAGGGAAACCCCUGGAACCAGGAGGUAUUCCGUCAGCGGUUCAGGCAGUUUGGUUACUCCGACUCCACUGGGCCCCGGGAGGCUCUGAGACAACUGUGGGAGCUGUGUUGUCAGUGGCUGCGGCCAGAGGUACACUCCAAGGAGCAGAUCCUGGAGCUGCUGGUGCUGGAGCAGUUCCUGGCCAUCCUGCCCAAGGAGUUGCAGGCCUGGGUGCGAGAGCAUCGGCCAGAGAAUGGAGAGGAAGCCGUGACUGUGCUGGAGGAGCUGGAGAAGGAACUUGAUGAGCCAAGGCAACAGGACACAGCUCAUGGCCAAGAAAUGAUCUGGAAGGAAGUGACAUCCAUGGGAGCCCUGAAGUCUCUGAGUAGCCCACUGCAGCCCUUGGAGAACCAGUGCAAGAGUGAGGCUCAGGAGCCCCAGGCUUUCCAAGAGAGAGAUGGCAUGUUGACAGCAAAGGAUGAAAUUAUUGAAUGUGCAGCCUCAGCAGCUGUGAUAUCCUCAGGAGGACUUCCUCGGGAAAUGCCUUCAGAACAGAUAGUUGAAGAAGCUUUGGGAGCUCUAGGCAACUCUGAGAAGCAAGAGGGAAAUGCUGCAAGGAACAAAAUGAGUCCGCUUCCUUCCAAGGAAAGACCUUUCAGUCUGGCAACCUUCAACAAGAAAAUUCCCACAGAAAAGAGUGUCCUUGACUGUAAUGAAAGUGAAGGCAGUCUUGAUCUGAGAUCAAAUGAUAUUACACAACAGAGAGUUCACACUGGGGAAAGGCUCUUUGAGUGCUUUGACUGUGGGAAGGCCUUUUGCCAGAGCUCAAAGCUGAUUAGACAUCAACGAAUUCAUACUGGAGAGAGACCUUAUGCAUGUAAAGAAUGUGGCAAAGCCUUCAGUUUGAGCUCAGACCUUGUUAGACAUCAGAGAAUUCAUAGUGGCGAAAAACCCUAUGAAUGUUGUGAAUGUGGGAAAGCCUUCAGGGGCAGCUCAGAGCUCAUCAGGCAUCGGAGAAUCCACACUGGAGAGAAGCCUUAUGAAUGUGGUGAAUGUGGGAAAGCCUUCAGCCGGAGCUCAGCCCUUAUUCAGCAUACGAAAAUUCACACUGGAGAUAAAAGCUAUGAAUGUAUUGAGUGUGGUAAGGCUUUUGGUAGGAGCUCUAUCCUUAUUGAACAUCAAAGAAUUCACACUGGAGAGAAACCUUAUGAAUGUAGUGAAUGUGGAAAAUCCUUCAAUCAGAGCUCAGCCCUCACCCAGCACCAGAGAAUUCACACUGGGGAGAAACCUUAUGAAUGCAGUGAAUGUAGGAAAACAUUUAGGCAUAGGUCAGGCCUUAUGCAGCAUCAGCGAACACACACCAGGGUUUAACUGUGGGUAAGAGCCAUCUAUUUUGAAAUGCAAGGAAUUCACUGUGGGGGUGAGACUGCCAGAUAGAAGUUUUCUGAGAGCAGGGUUUCUGUCCUUCCAGCCCAGUUCAGUACUGUAAGAGGAGAUUCACACAAAGAUGUUUGUUAUGAUUAUUAAAGUAUUGAAUGGAAGUAAAAUUUUACCCAGGUCUUCUCCAAAAAGAAUGGUAGAUACUUCCUAGAAAUGCCUAACACAUUUCUGGAUGAGGAUGCUCAUCAAUACCCCCUUCACUCUGCUCUCUACCCAGGUCUUCUCCAAAAAGAAUGGUAGAUACUUCCUAGAAAUGCCUAACACAUUUCUGGAUGAGGAUGCUCAUCAAUACCCCCUUCACUCUGCUCUCUACCAACCCAGACAUAACUGCCAUUGGGCACCUUCACAGUAAGUCCAGGAUUGGUCUGAAAGAGCUUAUAAGAUGGCAAGGACUGCUGCCCAGCAAGAGAAUUUGCAUUUGGCAAGUGGAGGCACAUGUUGAGUCAUUCAGCCGUCUGAAAUGUUGAAUUGAGGAGUUGUGAAAUGAGUUACACUAUUAAUUUACUAGUAUUGGAGGCGGUUUAAUAUUAAUAGUAUCUGAGGAAUGGUGGCUCAUUCCGCACCCCUGCCAAUUCUCAGCCCUGAACUUCUUGCUGAGGUCAAUUCAGGUUUACUUAUUUAUUGAGUACCUGCUAUGUGAUAGCCAUUGGAGCAGACAUUGUCCACCUCGAGUUAAGGGGUACAUAUUUACUAAACAGGUAAUUACAGUGAAGUGUGGUAAGUGCUUUGGUAGGAUAAAUGCAACUUUCUGUCAAAGUACACGGCAGGGCUGCCUAACCUGGUCUGUGAGUCAUUGAAGACCUCGUGGAUGACAUCUCAAUUGAGAACUAAAAAGUGGGUAGAAGUUAGCCAGGUCAAGGGCAGGGGAGAAGAGAAGAACGUUACAGGCAGAGGUUAUAGCACAUAUUAAUACAAUGGCAUGAAGAUAAGAGAGGAUCUGGAGAUACACCUUCAUCAGGACUCUUCACUUCAGCAGGCAUUAGUUGUUACAGACUCUGGCUCAGAGCCAUGACAUGUUGAUUUCUCUCUUCUUAUUUAUAAUUACUGAGCUGGGGAGCCUAUUCCAGACCCAGAGUGACCUAUGAGACCUUGAACUACUCGGAGUUAGUGUGGUAGAAGACUCUGAUGUAUCUUAUGAAAGCAGGCACGUAUGUACACCAAGGAAAGAAUAAAACCGGGAGGCCAGAGAGACAGUGGGGACUGGGGUGUUUGUGUCUCAUCCCUGGGGCUCAGGAAAUGGGAGGCGUACGGGAACACGGUGAUGGGAAGACUACCUUUCCAGGCUCCACUGUUCCUCGUUCCCUGACAUUCUCCACCAAGCUUGCAGACCCUAAGCUACUUGAGGACAAUUAAUAUUUGUUGAGUUACCCCCUCAGAUUCCUCAAAACUAUUCUUCUCUGCUAAUUUUUAUUUUGGAAGUUUUAAUUAACUCCCAUUUGCUAAGGGCAAUUAAUAUCUAAGAGAAAGCUUGAUUCCUCUUCUUAGAUGUCCUUCCUGACAGUGUUAUUUCUGAAGAAGACUUGGUGAUCGCAGCUGUUGUGGGUAAUAGGGGAGGUAAGUUAACCCCCUUUGUGUCCAAAGAUUGUGCAGUUAUCAUUAGCAAGGUCAAUCACAAAUCUAAAGGGAUCCUGCAAAUGGAUAGCGAGUUGAGUUGUUUUUUCCUAUAGGUGACAAUCAAAUGAUUUAAUGUUUUAAUUAUCACUUAAUGGAUUUUUUUCCUGAUUGCAAAUUAGUUAUAAAUUUUCAUAAUAUAGAAAAUGAGAAAGUAUAAAUCAUCCACAAUGCCAUUACCCAUAGAGACAUUGUUAACAUCUUGGAGUACUUUCUAUUAGUGUUUUUUUUUCCCCCAGCUCUAAUAUUUUUGGGGAAAAUGUUGUUUAGUAAAUAAUUUUUGGUAACUAAUUUUUACAUUUAUACUUAAACUGUUUAAUAUUAGAGUGUAAUGCAAGAUGUAUUGAAAUAAAAUUUGAGUUUUAAAGGUU